AAAAAGUGAAAUGUGGGGGGGCUGCCCCGCCCCCAUUGAUCGCAACUUGCAACCAACCCCCCCACCUAAAUAGCAUUUUUUUGGGUAAACGCCCCCCCUCUCCCACCCACCCAUUCCUAAUCCCUUCCUCGGGGGAAAAAGAGGAGGAGGAGGAGGAGAGCCCCAACCCUCUCGGGAACGAGGCUACCUUUGCCGGGCGGGGAGCCUACGCGAGGCCGGGGAUUUUACGGCCUGCCUGCUCGCUUCUCUCCCUUCUCGGUCUCCGCCGAGAGGGCGCAGGAGGAGCAGCUGCUCUCCCACCGCCACCUUCCUCCGGUGAUCCCUCCUUCUCCAUCUCCCCGUCUUCUCCUUGGGGCAAAAAAGGGCCCUGCAACCAACCAACCGGCUGGCCCAGGAGCGAAGCCCAGCCGAGCCGCCGCCACAGAUAUGAUGGAAGAAUUGCAUAGCCUGGACCCACGACGGCAGGAACUGUUGGAGGCCAGGUUCACUGGAGCUGGCGUUGCAAAGGGGCCCCUGAACAGUGAAUCUUCCAAUCAGAGUUUGUGCAGUGUGGGCUCACUAAGUGACAAGGAGCUGGAAACUCCAGAAAAAAAACAGAAUGACCAGCGCAACAGGAAGAGGAAAGGGGAAUCCUUUGAGACCAACCAAGGCAAAGUCACUCCAAGGGGACAUAAAAUUAGUGAUUAUUUUGAGUUUGCUGGGGGAAGCGGUCCAGGAACAAGUCCUGGAAGAAGCGUGCCACCUGUUGCACGAUCAUCACCACAGCAUUCCUUAUCAAAUCCUUUACCUCGGCGAAUGGAGCAGCCGCUUUACGGGGUAGACAACAGCGCAGCCAAGGAACUGCAGGAGGAUCACUCUGCUCUGCCAACGCUGGUGUCGGCGAUGCUGGCGAAACAGCGGCUAGAGGGCGAGCAGCUGGCCCAGAGGGGUGCAAGCCUCUGUUUUCCAUUUUCUUCGGCCCAGCAAGGCAGUCCUUCUUCAACGGGUUCAGGGAACACAGAGCAUUCCUGCACCUCCCAAAAACAGAUUUCCGUCCAGCAUAAACAGACACAGUCUGAUCUCACGGUAGAAAAAAUAUCCGCUCUAGAAAAUAGUAAGAACUCUGACCUGGAGAAGAAAGAAGGCAGGAUAGAUGACCUAUUGAGAGCAAACUGUGACUUAAGGCGACAGAUAGAUGAACAACAGAAAAUGCUUGAGAAGUACAAAGAACGGUUGAAUAGAUGUGUGACAAUGAGCAAGAAGCUUCUUAUAGAAAAGUCAAAGCAGGAAAAGAUGGCAUGUCGAGAUAAGAGUAUGCAGGAUCGGCUGAGACUGGGUCACUUUGCUACGGUGCGGCACGGAGCGUCUUACACUGAACAGUGGACAGAUGGCUACGCUUUCCAGAACCUUAUCAAGCAACAAGAGAGGAUAAAUUCCCAAAGGGAAGAGAUAGAAAGGCAACGGAAAAUGUUAGCAAAGCGGAAACCACCUGCCAUGGGGCAGGCCCCUCCAGCAACCAAUGAGCAGAAGCAGCGUAAAAACAAGACAAAUGGAGCAGAAAAUGAAACGUUAACGUUAGCAGAAUAUCAUGAACAGGAGGAAAUCUUCAAACUCCGGCUAGGACAUCUUAAAAAGGAAGAAGCAGAGAUCCAGGCAGAACUGGAGCGGUUAGAGAGGGUUAGAAAUCUACAUAUCAGGGAAUUGAAAAGGAUACAUAAUGAAGAUAAUUCACAAUUUAAAGACCACCCAACACUAAAUGACAGGUACUUGUUGCUACAUCUCCUGGGCAGAGGCGGAUUUAGUGAGGUAUAUAAGGCAUUUGAUUUAACGGAACAGAGAUAUGUAGCAGUAAAAAUCCAUCAGUUAAAUAAAAACUGGAGGGAUGAGAAGAAAGAGAACUACCACAAGCAUGCAUGUAGAGAAUACAGAAUCCAUAAAGAGCUGGAUCAUCCUCGUAUAGUUAAGCUGUAUGACUAUUUCUCGCUGGACACUGACUCGUUUUGUACAGUGUUAGAAUACUGUGAGGGGAACGAUCUGGACUUCUACCUGAAACAGCACAAAUUAAUGACUGAGAAGGAAGCCCGGUCUAUUAUCAUGCAGAUUGUGAACGCAUUAAAAUAUUUAAAUGAAAUCAAGCCACCCAUUAUUCACUACGAUCUCAAGCCAGGUAACAUCCUCUUGGUAAAUGGUACGGCAUGCGGCGAGAUUAAGAUCACUGACUUUGGCCUCUCAAAGAUCAUGGAUGAUGACAGUUACAAUUCAGUUGAUGGCAUGGAGCUGACAUCGCAAGGGGCUGGCACUUACUGGUAUUUACCACCUGAGUGUUUUGUGGUUGGGAAAGAGCCUCCAAAGAUUUCAAAUAAAGUUGACGUCUGGUCAGUGGGAGUAAUAUUCUACCAGUGCCUCUACGGCAGAAAGCCUUUUGGCCACAACCAGUCUCAACAAGAUAUUCUGCAGGAGAACACAAUUCUGAAAGCAACAGAGGUGCAAUUUCCUCCAAAGCCAGUGGUAACACCAGAAGCAAAGGCAUUUAUCAGGCGCUGCCUGGCCUACCGGAAGGAAGAUCGAAUAGAUGUUCAGCAGUUAGCAUGUGACCCCUACUUACUCCCUCACAUCCGCAAAUCUGUAUCAACAAGCAGCCCGGCUGCGGCUGCCAUUGCCUCAACCUCUGGAUCCUCUAAUAACAGCUCUUCAAACUGAGCAGGAACAAUAGGCCAAAAAGAUAUAUAUAACCGGAACUGCAGAAAGAAAACCGAGAGAGAGUCAGAGACGUUUUGAGAAGCAGCCUUCGGGAUUGGCAAGGAAUCCACAAAACGGCCUCCAGAAACCGGUAUCGGGUGCUUUGUUUUCCUCUUGCGCUCUUGUCCCAUCCAUAGAGCAAGGCAUCAUUGAUUCUCGGCAAGGUUCUAUGGCGACUUAAGUCCAACUUAAGUGGCCAAGGAAGAGGAGAUUGUUUGGUCUCGUGCUGAGCAACGGCAAAGGCGCUAACCGCUCUGGGCAGCAGAGAGAAAAGAUGGCUCCAUGUACUGUGAACUUCCAAACACCACGGACCCCGGGUGCGGUUCCAAAAUGCAGGGUGCACACACACACACUGUGUGGAGAAUUGCGGACUUGGCAGCAGGGUAAAGAGGCUGGACUUGGUCCACUGUCAAUAUUUAAAAAUAUGUUCCUCUUUUUU